ACACAAAUACGGAAGUUAAAUUGUUGGGCUGAGGCCGCUUCCGGUUUACUACAUUUGUACUGUUUUUAAAUUGGGUAGAUUGACACACACUGAGAAGCGCUUUUUUAAGAUAAUGACUGCUUUUAGUACAUUCUGAACGCAGUCAUCGAGUUGGGGGCGGGUGCGUCUUCUCGGGCCGUUGGCGUGACCGCUGAGUAGGUUUCACUGCGGUGGGUUUGACGUGUUAGCCCGCAGCUCACGAUAGUUAAGUGAUGGCUGCUGGAAUAGUUUCCUUGCAAACUCUCUGACAAGUUCCAAGUCGGUUUACGAUGACGAGCGAAGAGGCCAAGAGCAUCGCGGCGGUCAACGAAGACGACGCCUCCGCUCCUCCGUCCGAUUCCAACGAACACGAUUAUGCGGAGACUGACUUCGCCGACACCUCCACCGCCGCUGAACUCCCAGCGUGCGCCGGGGAUGAGGAGGUGGACUGUCUCCCCAAAGUGACCGUACAUCGUGGCCGUCGGCGGGCCAAGGCCCAGGAGGACAAGAUGUGCUGCUGCUGCAAGGGUCAGUUUGAGCGGCAGGGCCGUGGCUUCAACCGGAGGGCUGUGUUCACCUUCACCACACCAGAGGCCGCCCAGUGGGUCUUCCCCGACGCCUGCGGCAUCGGCAAAAAGUCGUUUGUGUGCGAAACGUGCGCGCAGGUCAUCAGGACAAAAUGCUGGCGCAAGAACAACGGGAAGAGGGUCUUGUGGCUCAAACCUGCUGCGGUCAAACAAGUGAGCAGCCGCCACAGGAAGAAGGGCCAGCGCAUGGGCAAGAAGAGCCGCGCGGCCCUGCUUGUGAGCAAGUCGUGCUACCGCUCGGCCUUCCGGACGCUCUGGUCGGCAAAGGGCGCGCGCAAGCCCAUGAUGGACUUCCUGAGCCGCGAGCUGCGCGAGGAGAUGAAAACACUAUCGCGCCACGCCGACAGUCCCUUCCACCAGAAGGUGUCCAGCAAGAAGCUGCUCUCCUUUUUCCCGUGGGCGCGCUGCCUCAGCUGGGUGCAGGAGCAUGCGCCGCUCGUCACCACGUGCCUGCGCUCGCUCUUCCCCACUGUCAACGCGCUCGUCAAGAGCAGGCACCAGCUGUCGGCGUCGGAGGCGGAGCUUCAGGUGAUGCGCCGCAGCGUCCUGACGCUGGCGGUGCCGCUGUUCACCAGGAACAUCUGGACCAACAACUUCCUGCAGGCAGCGCUGGGGGCCAAGCUGCGUCUUCAGGGCUGCUCCGGACCCGCUCUGGACACCCUUAACAGCCUGGGCCUGUGCCAGAACAAGGACACGGUGCGCCUGCGCUUACACCGGUUACGUGGCACCGCCAGCGGCGGCCACAACAACAAGGCGAACGGAGGAGAAAGUCAAGAGCACAUGAUCGACAUGGAGGAAGACGACGUCGAGGAUGACGAGGAAGAUGAGGAGGAGGAGGAGGAAGAAGAUGAAGAAGAGGAUGACGAAGAGGAGGAAGCGCGGGUGCGAGAGGAGCUGGAGGAGAGGAGGAGGAGGAGGAGGAAGAAGAGGAAGCGGGAGCGUGAGGAAGAGGAGGAUGAGGAAGAGGAGGAAGAGGCGGAGAGGAAGAGGAAGGUGGUGGUGGUGCGUCUGGGCCUGCUCAAGGGACACUCAGAGGUGGGACGGGCCGACCUGUCGGCCCCCUGAGCAUUCUGGAUAAAAAGAAAAAAAAAAAGAUCCCAGGAAAGCACACAACCAGAACGAGCAUUUCAAUGUCUCACGUGCAUUUUGACACAUUUCAAAAGCGUCGCUUUCAACCUGUAAAAGUCAAAAUUGAGAUCAGGAACGUUGUCUUUCUUCUUAAGAUUCAAAGAAACAAAAACGUACGAUUUCAGGACACACACAAACUCAAACUGUAACCUUGUAAAUAGCAACAAUAAAAUCAUGUUUCAACAGUU